AUGCCGCCGCCGGAUCAACGGACCGCCUCUUGGCAAGUUCAUACAAGCAGCCCGGCCGAGACUUCCAGCGGCAGUAGAGGCGGCCCUUGUCACACGUGCCGGCGUCAGCGGCUUCGCUGCGAUGCCACCAGGCCCAGCUGCAACAAGUGUCUGGCACGAGGCGUGGAAUGUCUGGGCUACGGGCCACGGGCAAUUCUCUGGGUGCAGCCCAAAUCGCCUGCGCAGGUGGGAAAGUCGACAGAUGAGAGCACAAAAGAACCAGAGUCGAUGGCGGCGACGGGGAAAAAGAAGGGGAGGCCAAGAUUGGUGCUGAUGCCCAAGAAUACAAGAGAGUCCCCGGCACAGUCGGAGCCUCAAGCACGCCAUGAACCGGAAUGGGUGUUUGUGAACCACGCAGACUCCCAGGAUGGCAGGAGAGCACUGGCCAAGAAGCAGGCCGUAUCGUCCGAGUUGGUACCUGCAGGAUAUCACAACAACAUGCUGGCCCUUUCCAUGCUGGAUUAUAACAUGGUUCUCUUCGACAACGAGGUCAACCCUCAUAGAGUAGAGCUGGAGUACUGGCGGUAUUUCCCAGACGUCAUCAUAGACAUGGUCAUCUCGUGCUGUCUCACGCACCAGGUCAUACGGUGCCACGCGACGCAGGACAGUUUUCCACAGACGUCGAGCAACGUCCGUAGCCAGCUCGUCCAUGUCACGAAACACCGCAUAUCGUCGUUUCAAAACCCGUCCGUUGGCAUCAUAUUCAAGCAUCACCUUCGCACGCUGCGGCAGCUCGGUGAGGACCUGAAGGAUCAAGAGCUCCGAUAUAGUGAUGUCGUACUCGCGGCCAUCAUUACCCUGGUGAGGGUAGAGAUCCAGCAAUCCGCCUUUGGGGCUUGGCCGGCCCAUCUUGAUGCCGCAAGAGCCAUCAUCGCCCAGCGCGGCGGUUUCCAAACAUUUCUGCCGGAGAAUAACGCAAACAUCGGCGAGGGCUUGGCAACGUUUGUCUUCGUGGACGUCCUUGGUGCCAUAUUCACACCCAGCAACAUGCUGAAUUCCCGCGACACACUCGCUCAGCUCGAGUACGUGCCGUUUCUGGACACGAUUUGCAGGGACGGCGCAAAUUCCGACUUUCCCUGCGCGAACCGACUCCUCGAAUGCAUCAUACGAAUCAACCAGAUACGCACUCUUGGUCAGGGGGUCGAGGGACAAGGCUCUGAUUUGGAUACGGCAUGUUCGCAAAUAUUCCACCGCAUCGCGUCAUUUGAUGCCGCAGCCUGGGCUCAGUCUCGGUUACUCGAGCUCGGCUCCUCCUCUCCGCCAUCUUGGUCCCCCGAGAUUCGAGAUGCUCGUCAAAAUGGAGCAAUUGCGGUGCCGCGCGCCACGAUUCAAGCCAUGACGGAGGAUCUAGCCCGAGCCUUCCAAUACGCCGUCAUGCUAUAUUGCGUUCGAACGCUUUACAUGGACCGUGGCAAAUCCGUGCCGGACUCGCUUGCGUCCCUCGUCGCUGCUCCGCUUCAAUCAAAACAACAGGUUCCUCUUGAUGUCGAAAACCUACACCAGUCUGCGCUACACGGACUUUUGCAAGCCUUGCACCGCCUCUGGGCCAUGGAGAAGAGCAGUGGUCCGGCAUGGGUGGGCAAGUUUUCGUUUUGGCCGAUUUGGGUGGCGGGCAUGGAACUUGAUCCAAAAGUCGCAACGUCGCAUGAGCAGACGUUUAUAUGCGCGUCGUUGCAAAGACUGUGCUACUACCUUGGUGCUCUGGGGCCGUUGGAUGCCGUCUCUGCCCUGCAGGCUGUUUGGGCAAAGACGGCAGUUGAAGCCGGUGCUGGGCAGGACGAGACGUGGGAUCGUCGACUCAUGGUGCCAGGUCUGCGCUACAUGUUUUGUUUCUGA